AGCGGACGGCGAACUUCGCCCAUUUGGCCCGGGCCGUUGGUUGAACCUGCCUUGCGGUUUGACGAUUUGCGGCGCGGUCCGCAGAGGAGAAGGCCCUCAUGCUGCCAGCUUUGCCAUCGGUGUCCUGGAAGAUCCUGGGAUUGAUCCUCGUGGGCGCCGUGCUCUCUGCGGUGCUCCGGGUGGUCUUGGCGCGGCCCCGACGGGGCAGCAUCCUUUGGGUGGGUGCUGUCCUCUCGGUUUGUGCCACCUGCCCGGCCUUUGUGGGAUCUCCGCAGAGUUUGAGCCUCCAAGCAGCCGAGGCCCGCGCUUCUCAGCAACGUUGGGCGGACUUCUCCGACCAAUUCAAGACGGCCAGCGUCGCGGGCGCGGCUACCUUCCUGAUGCACUGCGGGAUGCAGGGCGUGAGUGCGGAUCCCGCGACCGUGGAAAAUGCGUAUCCCGCGCAUUACACGACCGCUCCAGUGGAGCGCGUCACCCACUUCGAGCGGGCCCCACUGUCAUAUGAAGGCGUCCAGCAACGUCUUCCCAUGGAGGAGUUUGACGCGCGCCACAUGGGCCAAUUUCAAUACGCACGCCCAGACCUUCCACACGAUGCUGUCCAGGCCCCGAGCGAGAGGCAGCCCACUUUUGCGCGCGCGGACGCCGGGGAGCAAGAGGAGAGCCUGAGCUCCUUGCGGCAGCGCAUUCAGGCGGAGAAGGUCAAGCUGAAUGAGGUCACCCAAAGACUCAAGUCCCUCGAGGACGACUUGCAAGCGGCAAAAGUCCGAAAGACCAUGCAGGAGGCCGCCGGUCUCAGAAGCGAAAGCUCUGAGAACAUGUUCAAAGAUCUGCUCAUGGUCGGCUUCGGCACCGCGCUUGGCGCAGUGGGCCAUGCGCUGAUGAAACUCAAAGAGCUGCCGAAGCCCACGCUCGCCACCGGGGCCAUUGGCUUGGCCUUCACUGCCUCGGUCUAUUCCACCGCUCCAGCCCUCGGCACUGCGCAAAUCCAUCACGGCGCCAAGACGGCCCUGCCGCUGAUGACGCUGCGACACAGCCGGUCCCUCUCAACGAUCUCUUCGGACAGCGAGGACAUGAGGAGCGAUGAAGAAUCUUUCGCUUCGAGAUGGGGAGGUCAAAUUCAAUCCUCAUGAGACUCGAUCAGGACCGUCGAGAGGGAUGAUUCGGGAAGCUAGGGCUGCGACGCUCGAAUUCUUGGGGAAUUCGUUCGUCUCGCGUUGGCUUGCAUCUCCUGCGACUGUUUGAUGCCGAUACCUGGAUAUGGUAUAUAUGCUUAGCGGUUGUGAGGAACCUGUUCAGCCGAAAUGGCCGUAAAUUAUCUUGAUUAUCGAGGCCUUUCGGUACUCAGUGAUCGUGCGAUCUGCACAUGUUUCCAGUUCCGGCCCCAGUGCCCAAAUCAUGCUUGCACGAUGCUGCACAGCCGUGCCAAAGGGGGCUCAAGGCAAAUGCAAAUCCGAUGUUCACUUUCCUUGCGACUGACAUAACGCGAG